CUGCCGCAGAUUCUCUCCGAGAAAAUUUUUUCCCGCAACCAUUUUUCCAUCCCCUUCCUCCUCCCAUCACCAGAAAAGACCCUGAAAAUUCCCGUAAGUUUUUAACAACAGAAUCAGCAAACCAGAGCCCAAAAAAAGGACAGUUUAACCAGCUUUCUUUGAGCACCGCGAAAAAUCAGCAAAACCAAAGCAGAGGAGGAGCGGAGCUGACUGCAAAGCCCCAAUAGCAUUGUAUACAACACACCUACAGAUUUUCCAAUGGCGACGGACUACAAACAAGAAGAAAAUGGUGUGGUAGCAUUACGAAAAGAAAGAGAAGAAGAUGAUAUAGACUUGGACCUAGACGAAGAAGAAGAUGAAGAAGAACAGCAGAACUGGGAAGACUGGAAUGAAGAAGAUGACGAAGUUGGUGAUGACGAAAAUUUUUAUGACUCAGAGAUGCUGUGUUUGUUCUGCGACUCUUUGUACACUUGUUCCAAUUUGCUCUUUCAACACUGUGCUUCAUCUCACCAUUUUGAUUUCAACGCCAUAAAGAAAAUCCUCAGUUUGGAUUUCUACGGAUGUUUUAAGCUCAUUAAUUACAUCAGGUUCCAGGUGUCUGAAAAGACAUGUUGGUGCUGUAGAAUCACCUGUGAAUCGAAGCAAGAGCUGCAACACCAUUUACACGAAGUAGCCAGUUUUGAAAAUUAUAAGCUUCCUUGGGAUGAUGAUAAAUAUCUAACCCCUUUUAUGGAAGAGGAUCCACUAUUGUACAGCUUUGGUGAUGAUGAGGAAGGUGAAGAUGAUGGUUACGUGCCUGAAAAAGUACUAAGAGAUGUGGGUAGUUCUGAGAAAGUUUCCAAUGAUGAUAAUUGUGCAAUAGAACAAUUUUCAUCCAAACUAAAAUCUCCUUUAGAAAAUGGAGAAUGGUCUUCUUCCCCUGAAAGUGACAUAAAGACUGCAAAUCUUUUGGAGAAGUCUACAGUGAAUGGUUUUGUUGGUGCAGGAGAAGGUGCUUCAUCUCAUCAAAAGGUGAAGGAUAGACAGUUGAGUCUUUCUUCAGCGGAGGUUGCUGCAAAUGAAAUCAAGGAUAUAAAUAAAAAUUAUUUUGGUUCAUACAGUUCAUUUGGCAUCCACAGAGAAAUGAUCAGUGAUAAGGUAAGAACUGAUGCAUACAGGCGAGCAAUCCUGGAAAAUCCUUCUCUGCUGAAAGGUGCUGUUGUAAUGGAUGUUGGUUGUGGAACAGGCAUACUAAGUCUCUUUGCAGCCCAAGCAAGAGCAUCAAGGGUAAUUGCAGUUGAAGCUAGCAAAAAAAUGGCUUCUGUGGCAGCUCAGGUUGCUAAGGAUAAUGGUCUUCUGUCAAGUGAAAGCUCAGGUGAAGCUAAACAUCUCUGCACCGGGAAAAUAGAGGUGGUUCAGGCUAUGGUUGAAGAGCUAGAAAAUGCCAAACGAAUUAAACCUGAGAGUGUGGAUGUAUUACUGAGUGAAUGGAUGGGUUAUUGCCUGCUCUAUGAGUCAAUGCUCAGCUCUGUGCUGUAUGCACGGGAUAAAUGGUUGAAGCCUGGUGGGGCCAUUCUCCCGGAUACAGCUACCAUUUUUGUUGCUGGAUUUGGAAGGGGGGGAACCAGUCUUCCAUUUUGGGAAAAUGUGUACGGUUUCAAUAUGUCUUGUAUUGGCAAGGAAGUUGUUGAAGAUGCUGCUCAGCUUCCUCUUGUUGACACAAUUGAUGGCUGUGACAUUGUAACCGAGACACAAGUUCUUCAGAGCUUUGAUCUGGUGACAAUGAAGCAUCAAGAGAUGGAUUUUACGGGGAAAGUGGAACUGGCACCAAAGUCUGAUGCACUGGACGACGACCCGGCAGAGUUAAGCUCUAAAAUGGGAAAAUGUCAUGGACUUGUGCUGUGGUUUGAGACUGGGUUUACAAAAAGGUUCUGUAGGGAAAUGCCAACCAUUUUAUCAACGUCUCCAAACACCCCCAAAACCCACUGGUCACAGACGAUACUGACAUUUAAAGAACCUAUCACCAUGGGAAAGGGAAAGCAGGUUGGUUCUGAUGGAUCAGGCGCAGUUGGUUCUGAUGCUUGCCCUGCUGGGAGAAUACAAUCUCGUAUUAGCAUUGUUCGUGGUGCUCAACAUCGCAGUAUUGAUAUUUCCAUGGAGAUUUCUGCCAUAGGACCCGAUGGCCGGAGACGUAGCUGGCCUGUUCAAAUGUUUAAAAUGGAGUAGCAUGUUGGGAUGACUGUCGUUAAUUAUCUCUGAAAGUAAGUGACGCAAAUUAAUUAGCCAUUCUGUGAUUUAAUACUCUCACAGGCUCCCUCGCAAAUCAUUCAUUCAUUCAUGGUUUGCAAAUUUGAUAGCUCGUGUCAUUAUCUCUUAA